AUGGCUCAGCGUCCUAUGAGGCACAGCACAGUUUUAGUUGUGAUUUGGACAAUUGCGAAUUGCUAUCUUAUGCUCCUUAUCAAACGAAUCCAGUUGACCAUGGCAACCAGAGACUGGGAAAUCGUGAUGCAGAAAUCCGUUAGAUCAUUCAGGCCAACACAACCUCACUGUAGACCUGUUAGCCGAAUACUUUCCAAGAAUGAGGCUCUCAGCUUUUCUCCUGAGAACUUAUUUGAUGUUGCUGAUACGUACAUGCUGAGCUGUUUUAUUUGUACGCAGUCCAAACACCCCGAUGACACACCUGUGAAAACAGAAAAAGAGCGUAACAUUAAGGAGCUUCUUCAACGCAAUAACGAAACCGGAAAGGGUAACCUUUCUGAGAUGGAGCACAUCUCACGUAAUGUUAUGCCUUUGUUAGACGCUACUGUAGGCCUCGAUACGGAAUGCCGCGUUCAUUAUUAUGGAGAACGUACUCUGGAAGCGACAGCAGAUCGACGAAACAAAGGCAGGGACCCCUUUGGACGAGCGAGAGACGGUUAUAAAGUGGAUGCCAUAAUCGAAUAUCAAGAACUGAGCUGGUUGCCAACUAUCGGAUGUGGAGAAGUUUCCGGUGGUCUCGAGUUGCGUGACAUAUGGCGCAAGGCACAAAUUGUUUGGGGUUUACAGUGGUCGGGUAAAAAAUUAGGCCGGAAACUUCGUAUUUACGCGCUGGGUGUUCCCGGAAGACUCUUCCACCUGGUGCUUGUGGAAGAGGUGGCUCUACCGUCUUCAUGCAACGACCUGGUCAGCCUGCAACACGCCUACCGCGUCAUGCUGGCGUUCACGGACAGGUUAAACAUUACGAAGAGGCAGCUGGUUGCGCGAAAUCUGGAAAGGGCUUGUAAUGUAGAGACGAAUCAGGCUCCGGAAGAACGAGAGAUGCCUCGCAUAAUCAAUACACCAGGCAAGAAAAUGACAUCAUAA